AUGUCCAAAGACAAGAUCCAAGAGGGAAGGGAGUGUAUGGACAAAGCUGCGAAAUAUCUGAAGACAUCUUUGUUGAAAUGGGUUCCCGAUUACGACAGUGCAGCCGACGAAUACUCGAAAGCAGCUACUUGCUUUCGAGUUGGAAAAUCGUAUAAGGAAAGCAAGGAAUGUCUUAUGAAAGCGUCAGAAAAUUAUUUACAAAAUGGAUCACUUUUCCAUGCUGCCAAGUGUAUGGAUCAGGCGAUUAUUAUGUCCAAGGAGAUAGGGGACACAAGUGACGUGUUUAAAUUGGCCAUGAAAGCCAGUCAUUAUUACCAGCAACAUGGAUCCUCUGGAAGCGCAUCAUUAUUGUUGAACAAAGUUGCAGACAUGAUACAACAGUCAGAUCCAGAAUCAGCCGUCAAGCUCUUAAAAGAAGCUUCAAACAUUUCUGGGAUUGAAGAUUCAACUGGACAAGCAAUGGAAUACACACACAAAGUAGCACGACUGUUGGUAAAAUUGAAAAGGUAUGAAGAAGCUGAAAAUGAAAUAAAACGUCAAUUUGAACUGGUCGGAGAAGGAGGUCCAACGUCCAACAUGGGCAGAGUAACUGUUGAACUAUUUUUACUACAAUUGGCUAAAGAUGAUUAUGUGGCCGCUAAAAAAGUGUUGCACGAAUAUGGAAUGCAAUAUUGUGAACAAGCAGAGAUUUAUAUGCUUGACAGUAUUGUAAAUGCAUACUCCGAUCAUGAUAGUGCUCAAAUACUGAAAAUGUUAAACAGUCCUUUUAUUAAGCACAUGGAUGUAGAGUUUGCAAUACUCGCGAAGAGUUUGGCCGAAAAAUGGAUAGUGGAACCUAAAGAGCAAGUUACCAAUAUCGAGAAUGAAGACACAGAUACAUCACCAACAGACUUUGGAGGAACGCUUUGUUGA